AUGACUGCACAGAUUAGAAUAACUUUCUACUUUGUAGGACAAGAUUUCCACAGAGCUCUGGAGAAUCCCAUGGUGGACACAAGCAUGUUGGAAGAAUAUAUCAGCAGUGACUUUGCAUUUGGAGCCUUAUUACCUGACUCACCUCCUGAUACUGUAUCAGAGCCAUGUUCACCUCCACAAAUCAGUGGUCUAUUGUCCACUCCUUGCUGGUCUAGUGGGUUUAAACCCUCACCUGCUUCCACCCAUUCUUCAGGAUCCUGUCAAUAUGCACAGAGCUCUCCAGAAACUAACUCUGGGAUUCAAAACCUUUAUACUUCUCAGGACAAUCGUAUGAAGGUGAAUAACAAUGGAGUACCAUGGAAUGGGUCCUCACCACCUAUCUGUAUGGAUUAUAAUUAUCCCUUUCCGCAGCAGAGGUUAUCUCAGAGUUCAAGGGUUUCUUUUUCACCUAAGAAAAGGAAGUAUUCACAUUUGGAAGAAGUAGAGAACUGGCAGACAUGGAAUAUGGAUGCAAGGCAAACUCCUUCAGCUGAUAGUAUUGUCGAUUUGCAUGACUAUGAAAGUGACGGACAGACUAUAUCUUCAGUGGACAAAUGUUACCAAUCUCUAACAUGGAAACCUUACCAAACGGCACACUGGGUUACUGUAUGUAACGCUACUUCAGAAAAGAUACCUACAGUUGGAUUCCAAGUAAUCACAGAUAAAGGAUUUAACUUUUCAACAGCAGACGAAGCCUAUGUGUGCCAAAAGAAAAAUCAUUUCCAGGUUACAGUUCACAUCCGGAUGCUUGGGAGUCCGAAAUUUGUCAAAACAAAUCUGGGUAUAAAACCUAUUGAAAAGUUUAACUUGAGAGUCUUUGGAGUGAAAGUUGAGAGCACUAACCAGACAAUCACCAUUGAACAAUCUCAAGCUGAUCGCAGCAAACGACCAUUCAAUCCUGUUACGGUAAAUGUGCCACCAGACCAGUUAACUAAAGUGACACUGGGAAGGUUACAUUUUAGUGAAACCACAUCAAAUAACAUGAGGAAAAAGGGGAAACCGAACCCUGACCAAAGGUACUUCAUGCUGGUGGUUGGUCUGUAUGCUGUCAGCCAGGAAGAGUCCUACCUAAUAGUUGCUCAUGUUUCUGAAAGAAUCAUUGUGAGGGCAUCCAACCCUGGGCAAUUUGAGAAUGAUAAUGACGUCCUGUGGCAGAGAGGACAUGUCCCAGAGACAGUAGUCUCUCAUGGUCGAGUAGGAAUUAACACUGACACACCAGAUGAAGCGCUGGUUGUCUGUGGCAAUGUGAAAGUGAUGGGGACAGUCAUGCAUCCAUCUGACAGUCGAGCAAAGAGAAAUAUCCAAGAGGUUGACACAAAGGAGCAGCUAAGAAGAAUAGCCCAGAUGAGGCUUGUUGAAUAUGACUACAAACCUGAAUUUGCAACUGUGAUGGGAAUAGAUUCUAUCCAUGAAACAGGUAUAAUUGCACAGGAAGUGAAACGUGUAAUUCCAAGAGCUGUAAAAGAAGUUGGUAAUGUUAGAUGUGGAAAUGGAGAUACCAUAGAAAACUUUCUGAUGGUUGAUAAGGACCAAAUAUUUAUGGAAAAUGUAGGUGCCGUGAAACAGCUCUGUAAACUCACCAACAACCUUGAGAUGAGGAUUGAGGAACUAGAGGUGUGGAAUGACAAACUCGACAAACUCAAAAAAAUAAGCAACUUAAAAUCUGCUAGAAGAGAAAAGUCUCCACCCAGGUUAGACAUUUUAAACUUCACUAGAAUAAGUCACGUUCCACUUCAAAGAAAACCUGUUCCAGUAAAAGUUAAAAAGAUACCAACUAAACAACAAGAAUGCUCAAAGACGAUUUUCAACACUACAGUUAUUGCCUUGAUCACUGUUAUGGCACUUUGUGCCAUGACGAUUUCAACGUUAUAUAUCCUCUACAUACAGGAGGAAGCCAUUGAAAGAGAACCACCAUCAGUGAAUAAUUUUACCAGCAUCGCUAGCUCAAUAUUACCACCUAUUUACACAACGGUGGCAGAAUUAAGUGAAAGUCCGACCACAACAGCAAUAUACCCCACAACAGUUGCGUCGGAAAUAAGUUUUUGUGGUAUCAUACCAUGUGAGCAAGUGCAAUGUUGCUCAAUCCAACAAAGGAAAAGUUCCAUGCUGAAGACCUUUGAAAAAAGGAGCAUACGCAAGGCUACAAAAAAAAAGAGGUGGCUUGAUAAACCAGUAUUUUCAAGUGACUGGAUUGAUACAACAAUCAGUUCCAUACAGAUCGUGGAGAAUCAGCAAGUAAUAGACCGUCACUAUUGCAGUAAAAGCCUGGAGUGUGGGUCUGGAAACUACAGCUAUGUUAUCCGCGUCAACAAAUACACAACCAAUCAUUUGCGUAUAACGUUAGAAAUCACUACAACAGAGCCUUUAAUUGUCUAUCAGUGUAAAAUGACUCUGGGAAAUAUUUGCAACCGAGGAACACACAGCAGGAAGAAAAGAGAUGACUCCCUGGAGACAACACAGGGUCUACAGCAUCUCUGGAUCCUCCCGGUAGCUCGACUGUAUGACAGUGCAUAUCAUUUUAGAGUGGCUACCCCAGAUCUUGCAAAUUGCUACACAGAUCCAAACUUCGCUGGAAUACUUUUUACAGACUAUCAUUUCUAUUUUUACAGAGACUGCAACUAGAUAAUGUUAGGCUGUUUCCAGCAUUCUGCAGUUAUUAUCUGCAAAGCAUUGUGAUGUAAGAUAUUGGCUGCAUUAACUUAAGGAUUUGAAGAAUUGUUUAUAAGUCAUCAUUGUUGAUAUUACAUUCUUUUUCAAAAAUAAGAAAAUGAAGCAUAAAAUAAACCCGAUUUGUAAAUAAUAAAA